UCGAUUUUCAAGGGUGAAAUAUCAAUUCACUGAAUCGAUUCAGAACUACAUAUCGAUUCUUUGGCUCGAGAAAUCGAUUCUUAGAUUAGCCGAUCUCAAAUCACCAUCCCUAUUGCAAACAUAACAUUUCUUUCGCCGUCGGCCGGUUGCUAUUGUCGGUAUUUGAACUAAAAACUUUUUGAUAAAUCACAAAAGCGAACUAAAACUUAAAAUGUCUCCGGAUAUUAAUCAGAUCGGUACGCAAAAAGUGAGAAACGUUUCCAGUGGCGAAGUUUUAGAAUUGAAGAGCUUCUGGGAGCAACAGAAUGUGGCUAUUGUAUUCUUUCGUCGCUGGGGUUGCAUGUUUUGUAGGCUCUGGGCUAAAGAGUUGAGCGAAAUAGCGCCUAUUCUCAAGCAGCACAACAUCAAACUUGUCGGGGUUGGCGUCGAAGAGGCCGGAUCCAAGGAGUUCAGCGAAGGAAAGUUUUUCGAUGGAGAUCUGUAUUACGUCGAGAACAUUUCAACUUACCAACAGUUGGGUUUUAAAAGGUUCAAUGUUUUAACUAUUUUAACUUCGCUGCUAUGGAAGCAAUCACGUGACGCCAUUUCGAAAGGAAAAGCCAUGGGCUUAAGUGGCGACAUGAAGGGAGAUUGGGUUCAAGUGGGUGGCGCCGCUCUGGUAGAAAAGGGCGGGAACUUGCUCCGCCAUUUUGUGCAAACCGGACCGGCGGAUCAUCUGUCUAAUUUGGAGAUUUUGAAGCAAUUCGGUUUGGAAAAUGAGUACAAAAAAGAUGCGGAGAACGAAAAGAAUUCGAAGAAAAACGAAGACACCACAGAGACAGAAAAAGAGUAAUGUAUGGUAUGGUGCGAAUAACUCGUGCCUAGCGCCGAUACACACUAUAUGGACAGAGCGAAGAUGCAGAACUUGGGUAUAAUAAUAGAGUCGCCACUAUUUUUUAAUUACGAAAAAUGAAAAAAAAAUUGUCCGACACUGACAAUAUCCAUGACAAAAAAAAAGAAAAAUAUAUUUUAUAAAAACCUUUAGGCCGGAUUCGAGAACAAUUUUUUUUUUAAAUCUGGAAUUUGUUAAAAAUGUGUUAUGUCGCAAAGAGCCAAUUUCGUUAUUACUGAUUUAUUCUUUCAUAAUAUUGAAUUAAACUUGUGCUCUCUCAUUUUUUGUUAUCUACGGUAAUAAACUUAUCACGCUGAACGCCAUAUUAUAAAAAAAAUUGUAUUUUUAUUUAGGUCACGGUGCGCACCGAUGAACCUUACUGAACCGUUCAGACCGUGAGGGCGCCACCCGUGAACUUUUUAAAAUAUCUAAACUAGAUGGUGGAAGUCGCUAAUUUUUAUUUUCAGUGCAAAUUACCACAAUUUAUGAAUAUUAGAAUGAAAUUUUCAAGUUGAGAAAAAUUACUGAUUCCCUGAUUAUGGCUUGACCCGAAAAUGCCACCGGUGGGUCGCAAAGCAUGCAACGUGUUAAAAGACGAAAAGCUAAAAACGAAUAACAGAAAUGGACGUAAUAACUUCAGUGCGCCGCGUAGGGCACCGGUGACCUACAACGCAUUUAAAAGCUUAAAAAACCCAAAGCUCUUUACUUCUCAUAGAUUCUGUUGAUUUAUUUUAAAUAAUUAAUAUUUAGUGGUGUCACAUUUCGUAUAUAAUCAUCACCUGUAUUUCUUCCAUAAUCACGAUUUGAUAAAACGGUAUGCUUGGAUAUAAAUAUUAUAUUUUUAUAAUAAUUCCUUUCAAUGCGUGUCCAGUUUUCUUGUGUCGAUCUUUUAAUCCACGAUAAGUUUUUAAUAGACAAAACGACGCGUGGUCUUAAACAAUAUUGCUUAUAAACGCUUAACAACAAAAGCGUUUUUCGUUCUAAAUAAAGAAAAGAAUAUUACAAACUUUUUUGAAAUGAUAAAUUUUACAUUUUUGUUGAUUCCAGUAUAUGGAUGACAUAAUUAAAAAAAAAAAAUCUGCUUUCAUCAACGGUCCAUAGAUGGCGCUGUAAUAAAAUGUAAUCUUUUUUUUAAAUACAUGAUCAUUUCAAUUCUUCGUUCUUCCAAACCUGCAAGACUGUCCAAAAAUUGAAUGUAACAUUUUCAGGGUUCGUGUUCGUAUUAGAGUAGACUUUAUGUAAUUGAACUUUAAGCUUAAAAUCCUUUAACAGAUCAGGAUUUCUUACAUCGUUAGAAUCCUUCCAUUAUCUCGAAUAACACUGGCUGUAAUUUCGUUUGACAGAGCUGCCGUGUUUUUUUUUAAUUGUUAUUUCUAUUAUAUUAAGUUGGCUGUUUCAAAAGAGGCUUUCGCUUAAAUAAAUUUAUAAGAAUUUGCAUUUAUUUUGAGAAAUACAAUUAAGUGAUAAACUUUAGACUGAUUAAAAAAAGACUAAUCGUUUUUAUUGAUUUCAUGUAAUGGGCAUUGAUAAAAAAAAAUUGCGAAUUUAAUAAAAUAAAAUUGAAAAUUAUAGAUCAAUGUAAGAAAUAUUUAAAUAUAUAAAAAAAAAACAUCAAUGUCCAUUAAACAUACAACUGAAGUUUUGUUUGAAUGUAAAAUGUUGGAGGAUGGUGGAAUAUUGAUUAGUUGUUACAAGUUUACAGCGGUAAGAUUGGUACAUUCAUUUGCCAUAUAUUAAUUUGAUACUAUUUUAUGAUUUUAUGUAUUUAACCAAGCUCUGAUAUAUGAUAAUUUGCAAAGCAAAAUUAUGGUUUGAAUUGGAUCAAAAAUACAUCAUUUUUCACAAUUAAUAAAUACCACUGAAUGUUUAAAAAAUUACGAGGGACCAAACGAAUAUGUCCACCUUUAAAAUUAGUGAUCACUAAAAAAAAUACUUCCUAUUUAAGUGAAGAUUUAACUUUCUUGCGUUAGUUAAAACAGAAAUUAUUAAUUUGAAACUCCAGUUGCAUCUCAAAAUAUCACAAAUAGGGUCUUCCAUGAAAAUUCAAUUAAUUUUGUUAAAUGUCUAAAAAAAUAUAGUAAUAAUUUCAAAGAUUAAGCUACCUAUUGAUAUGUACAAGAAAAAUUAACAUAAUAUAAUAAUGAGUUGUUGAUUUAUUAAAAUUUGCUCUUAUGUGCUAAGAACAGUGAAUGUUUGAGACGCAACAUUAUUAAAUAAAAUGCAUGUAAUCAUUAGAUAAUGUAUGUACCUUCCAACAAAAGUUUUCCUUGAUAUAUGAAGUGUUUUGCAUGUUUUGUUUUAUAUUAUGUAUAUGCUGUAUUGUAAUAAAGGUAUGUUUGUUGGAAA